GCCCAAGGGCAAGCCUAGGAAUCUAUGAGGUUGCUCACACUUCAAAUCACAUCACCAAAUCAGCUUUGCCUGGAAACCCCGAAGUGUUACAUCCAAGUACACCAAAAUCAGCAUCGCCAUGGCGUCCUCCAUUUGCUCUCUCAGACUCGCGCAGCGCCUCCCUCGGGUGAUCUCGAGAGCUGCGCCAACAUCAGCCCGUAUCCCUAUGCAAUCACGCGUAGAAAACACCCAGAGGCGCCUUCUCAACGUUAAAUCCGCCCCAGUCCUCUACAGCGCUUCCGCAAGGGUCGUCGGCGCGCGGACGGGGCACGUCGAGGGCGACGACCUCGUUGUGGACCUCACCAUGGCCAAGGCCCUCGGCGGGCCCGGCGACAAGGGUAAGACAAACCCGGAGGAGCUCUUCGCGGCCGGCUACGGCGCGUGCUUCCAAAGCGCCAUGAACGCUUCAGCGACGAGCAUGAAGAUCCAGAUGCCCAAGAAACCCGAGGACUCUGUCGUCGAGACGACGGUCCAUCUCGUCGGCGACAUGAAGGGGCUCGAUAUGGGCCUUCGUGUCGAAAUGAAGGUCCGCGUCAAGGGAUUGAGCAACGAGGAGGUGCAGAAGGUCGUCGAUAAGGCCAAGGAGGUAUGCCCAUACAGCCGCGCGACCAAGGGCAACGUGGAGACGAACAUCGAGGUUGUGAAAUUCGAUGAUAACGGAGGUUCUUCAAAGCCGAAGAGAAAUGUCACCUCGGGGGAUUCGGGAAAAUCUGACAGCAAGCCUGAGGGCAAGUCUGGAAAAGAGUCAGGAGAAGUGGAUGGCAUGAGACCGACAGGCCACAGCGACUACCAAUGAGUGCGACAUGGUUAUGUUAUGAGCGUUGGUAUUGCGACAAAAUUGUAUGUAAUCUAUGUUGCCUCAUUAUUCUGUAAUACUACAAAUAAGUGAUGGCAUGCGGUAAAGCUUGUUUCGAC